AUGAAUGAUAUAAAGGCUUCCUCCAUCCUGGAAAAACCAGAAAACAAUAAGUUUCAAGAAAUGGACGACCCAAAAACGAACAGCUACGUAUUUGAGGGUUUCGAAUCGAGGCUGUCUCAGAACUCCUCAGAACCAAAGGAAGCCCCAGUGGCUGAAAAGUCGUUAGGAAUCCGGAAAGCAGAGCUUAUCAUCUCACAAUUAGAUGGCUACUGGCACAAAGGCCUCUACUUCUUCUUCAUUUUCAUUGGAAUGUACAUCACCACUGUCGAUAAUUACACCAUCAACAUCUUCAUUGGGUACGCUACAAACUCAUACAAGCAACACUCACUCAUGGCCACAAUCGGCACAAUUGGAGCUGUUGCGUCUGCUGCCUCAAUGCCAUUCUUUGCCAGGGCCGCUGAUGUCUUUGGAAGGCUUGAGUUGUUUGUAGUGGCCAUGAUAUGCAAGGUCAUGGGAAUCAUCAUACAAUCACAGGCUUUGGAUGUUCAGAGAUACGCAGCUGGAGCUGUGUUUUAUGCUUUUGUGAGCUCAGGAACUGUGAUUGUCUGGCAGCUUUGUGUUUCAGAUGCUUCCACGUUGAAGUGGAGAUUAAUGGCACUAGCUCCUAUGUGUAUGCCAGUCAUCAUCAACACAUGGUCAGUGGGUGAUAUCACGGACCAGCUUUUGAAAAGACACGGGUGGGAGUUUGGUAUCACUCUCUGGGCAUUCACCACACCUCUUGUCUGCUUGCCUUAUAUGCUUACCCACCUCCAUUUGAUGUGGAAAGCUAGGAAGACAUCAACAUGGACACAGAUUGCAAAUGAGAAAAGACAGAAAUUCCUCGACGACAGCCCUACGGCCAAACGGUAUCACGAUAAUAUGCUUGCCAGUACAACAUGGCUGGAGAAGUUUGUGGCAAGAUUGAAGUUCAUCUCCAUCCACGUUGCUAAGAAAUUGGUGGUUAUUCUAUGGGAAAUGGACUUUAUUGGAUUCCUUUUGUUGGCAGUAAUUCUCGGUCUUCUUUUGGUACCCUUGACUCUUGCUGGAGGUGACCAUUCUAAGUGGCAGCAAGCAUCCACGAUUGUUCCACUUGUGAUGGGGUUCGUUACCAUCCCGAUUUUUGUGCUUUGGGAAAGUAAGCUUACAAAAAAGCCGAUGCUUCCAUUUGCAGUGAUGAAGGACCGUGGAGUGUGGGCAGCAUUGUGUGUCGGUCUUUUCAGCACACUUAUCACAUUUAUGCCCGGAAGCUUUGCCUACCCUGUUUUGCUUGUUGGCAUGAACGCUUCGGUUAAAAUUGCUACAAGAACAGCUGGAUUGAACCAGUUCACGGAAGGCAUCACCGUUCCAGUUCUCGGGCUCAUAUUGACAAAAGUCAAAAGGGCUAAGGUUUUCAUCAUCUUGGGCAACUUCAUCAUGUUCAUUGCUAUGGGCUUGUUUGUGCAUUUCAGAGGUUCAAACGAUGGUAUCAGAGAUAAGUACUACCGAGACGGUGUCGCUAUUGCAAUGUGUAUCUCUGGAGUUGCUCUGGCAACCUUCUACAGGCUCACGUCUUAUAUGGCUCCUGUGACUUCCAUCUUUGCUACAUCGUACACUAUUGGUAUAGCCUUUGCGAAAAGCAUUUCGGGUGCAAUUUGGACACAGGAAAUGCUAGGGGAGAUCACCACCAGAAUGAUCAAUUUGAAUGUCGAUCCCAGUCUAGCGAUGAUUGCCUACGGUUCACCAUAUGACUUCAUUGUUGAGUACCAAUGGGGCUCACCAGAAAGGAUUGCAGUCAGUACGGCCUAUGCUGCAAUACAGAGGAAACUUUCCAUUGUUGGGCUCUGCCUUUGCGUUCCUAUCCUUGUUUUCAUUCUUCUCUUGAGGAACCAUAAAUUGGUGGACUCCCAAAAUAUGGACGAUGAGAAGCAAAAGCUGCAGAAUGCUGACUAUGAGAAAAACGCAGCCGAGCGGGAAAAGUCUCAGAUCAUUUUCAAGGAUGACGAAGACCCCAUCCUCAAUUUCCUUAGGAGGCCACUUGGCUCUUUGAAUUUGGGAAAAUGA